AUGCUCUCCAUACUGUACCUAUUAUUAUAUCUCGCUGGCCAUGCGAUAACAGCCUCGGCAGCGUGCGCACCUGGAUACUACAUGCCUAUCCUUUCACACUUCCAACUCCAGCUACCAUACAGCACUGACGGUGGUGGCCCUCUUAUUGUGUCUGGCUCAGAGCUUAGCGGUUGCAAUGGUUACCAGAACUCUACCUGGUUCUACUGGAACGAGACAGGCAGUCAUCUUGUCAUGAAUGCCCCCCCUAGUUCGACAGGCUGCGCAAAGACAUCAGGCAGUAAGCAUUGUCGUACUGAAUUGCGAGAACAAAAUCCAUCAAGAUGGUCGGCAAGAGGCACGAAUACAAUGACCGUGGAGUUAACGGUCCCUAAAGCUGACGAUGGAAACUAUGGAACAGUGAUUGGACAAGUGUUCUCCGCCGAAUACUCCAAGCCUGUUGUUGAACUGUACUAUAAGCCAUCUGGCGAAAUCUACAUGGGGGUAGAGCAGACUACCACUGGAGGUAAUACAGACUUCAACCCGGUCGGACAUGUUCCUGAAGGCACAAAGUUUACCUAUGAGCUGGGAUACUCCAAUGAUGUAUUGUCAUUUUCAUUGAAUGGUGGUAUUAAACAGACAUUCGAUACCAGCCAGCUCGGGUACCCUGACAGUUACUUCAAAGUGGGCGAUUACAAUCAAGGUACCAACAACUACAGCAAAGUGAGCAUUUACUCUAUUUCCAUAGUGCAUAAAUAG